AUUAUUAAUUAUUAUUUAUUAGCAAUACUGUACUGAAAGAAAGUUAAGUUCCAACUCCAAGUUGAACUUGAAGCCGAAAAUCGGAAUUAGUGAAGAAUUCUUGAAAGAAUAACUUCCGUCAGUUUUCCUUGGAUUGAUUAGUGUUUGUGUCUAUAAUAGGUAUAAUAGAUUGAAUUAACAGCAGGUAUCAAUGAUGGACAUCAGACCAAAUCACACGAUAUACAUCAACAACCUGAACGAGAAAAUAAAAAAAGAAGAGCUCAAGAAAUCUCUCUACGCCAUUUUCUCUCAGUUUGGACAGAUAAUGGAUAUAAUAGCUUUGAAAACUUUGAAGAUGCGUGGUCAAGCGUUUGUGAUCUUCAAGGAAAUUUCCAGCUCGACAAAUGCCUUGAGAUCCAUGCAAGGGUUUCCAUUUUAUGACAAACCAAUGAGGAUACAGUACUCCAAGUCAGACUCUGACAUGAUAGCCAAGAUGAAAGGCACGUUCUCAGAGAGGCCGAAGCGUCCCAAGAAGGUGGUGAGUCACGACGAUGCUGCAGACAGCAAGAAGGUGAAGAGGAAGGCAGCUAAGGAGCAGGCUAGAGUAUACCAGCAAUCCUUGGCCCCUGCGCCUGCAGCUCCUGUGCAGCAGAUGCCAGUGGUACAGCCUGGUGCAGCAACAGUGCCGGAACAACCUCCCAAUCAGAUCCUGUUCUUGACCAACCUUCCUGACGAGACCAGUGAAAUGAUGUUGUCUAUGCUGUUCAACCAGUUCCCUGGUUUCAAAGAAGUUCGAUUGGUUCCGAAUCGCCACGAUAUUGCGUUUGUUGAGUUUGAAAAUGAAUUGCAAUCAGGAGCCGCCAAAGUUGCCCUGAAUGGUUUCAAAAUCACACCGACACACGCUAUGAAAAUAUCAUUUGCAAAGAAGUAAAAGUGUACAUCCUCACAUCCUUUUUAGGUUAAGUCAGAUACUUUUUACCAAGUGUGUCCUGCUGGUAUCUCAUAAUUUUUCAAAUAUAAUGUAAAUUGUAAAACCCUUGUAA